GGGUAAUCGGCCUUUCUUGACCACGUGACAAAGGCACUAGAUUAAACUAGUCCGAUAAAAGUCUGAAAAUGGUCGCCCAAAAGAAGACGAAAAAGGCAUUGGAGAACAUCAACUCCCGCCUGGCUCUUGUGAUGAAGAGCGGCAAGUACGUCCUGGGCUACAAGCAGACGCUGAAGACCUUACGCCAGGGGAAAGCCAAGCUCAUCAUCAUUGCUAACAACACCCCAGCUCUCAGGAAGAGCGAGAUCGAGUACUACGCCAUGUUGGCCAAGACUGGCGUCCAUCAUUACAACGGGAACAACAUAGAGCUGGGCACUGCCUGCGGAAAGUACUUCCGGGUCUGCACCCUGAGUAUCACUGACCCAGGUGACUCCGACAUCAUCAGGAGUAUGCCGUCAGGGGACGCCACUGAGAAGUAAACUAAGACUAGUGGCGCCAUCUUUAUACACAGACGACCAUCACAAUUUGAGAAUUCUGUUCGUAUUUGGUUCAUCUGAUGUAAUAAAAGAUCGAACUAUGUAA